AUGCAUUUGGAAGCAGUAUUGAGGUCCUCUGCUCGCCAUGCCAAGCCUCCUGGACUCAUUCUUCAGUAUGGUACUGCAGGAUUUCGAACCAACGCAGAACAUCUGGACCAUGUUAUGUACCGCAUGGGCUUACUGGCUGUGCUGAGGUCCAAAAAGACUAAAUCUGCCAUUGGCGUUAUGGUGACUGCCUCACACAACCCUGAGGAAGACAAUGGUGUAAAACUGGUGGAUCCUAUGGGGGAAAUGCUAGCUCAAGAAUGGGAGGUGUAUGCCACUAACCUGGCUAAUGCUGAGGAGCAUGAAUUGCAGAUGGUUCUGACAAAUAUAAUCAAGCAAGAGUCCCUAAAUAUGCAGCAAGAAUCCUUCAUAGGUAUUGGAAGAGAUACACGGCCAAGCAGUGAAACCCUUUCCUGUGCUGUGAUAGAUGGAGUUUCCACCUUAGAUUCUAAAUUUCAAGACUAUGGACUAGUGACUACACCACAGCUACACUAUAUUAUCUGUUGCCGAAAUACAAAUGGAGGAUAUGGUGAGCCAACAGUUGAAGGAUAUUACCAAAAACUUUCCAAAGCAUUUAAAGAAUUGGUCCAACAGGCUCCUGACUGUGGGGGUGAGCUUAGGUGCUUGAAUGUAGAUGGAGCUAAUGGUAUUGGUGCCUUGAAGCUAAAGGAGAUGGAACAAUAUCUGCAGUCUGUACUUUCCAUACAGUUUUUUAAUGAUGGUUCUAUAGGGAAGCUCAACUAUAUGUGUGGCGCUGACUAUGUAAAGGUGCAGCAGAAGUCUCCAGAAGGCAUGGAUAUUAAACCUGUUGAGCGAUAUUGCUCAUUUGAUGGGGAUGCUGACCGCAUUGUCUACUAUUACAAUGACCUUAAUAAUGGCUUCCAUCUUCUUGAUGGGGAUAAAAUUGCUACUUUAAUAAGCACUUUCAUUAAGGAACUUUUAUUGAAGGCCAAUUUAAACUUGAAAAUGGCAGUUGUGCAAACGGCAUAUGCAAAUGGUAGUUCUACUCGUUACUUGGAAAAAGUCAUGAAGGUUGCCUGUUAUACUGCACAAAAACAGGAGUGAAACACUUGCCAUCAUAAAGCACAGGAGUUUGAUAUUGGGGUAUAUUUUGAGGCCAAUGGUCAUGGAACAGUGCUGUUUAGUAAGAAUGCCGAAGAACAGAUAAAACGGCUGAUUCAGACAGGGGCUACUGAGGAAAUUAAAAAAGCUGCUCAAAUGCUGGAAAAUGUAAUUAAUCUUAUCAACCAGACCGUUGGAGAUGCUAUUUCGGAUAUGUUGGUUAUUGAAGCAAUGCUUUCCCUGAAAGGUCUCACAAUACAGAAAUGGGAUGAAAUUUAUACUGACCUCCCUAAUCGUCAACUUAAAGUGACAGUUGCUGAUCGAAAGGUAAUUGAAACUACUGAUGCGGAGAGACGUGCUGUAACACCACCAGGACUUCAGGAGAAAAUAGAUGAACUUGUCAAGGCUUACAGUAUGGCCAGAGCUUUUGUUCGUCCUUCAGGAACAGAGGAUGUAGUACGUGUUUAUGCAGAGGCAGACACUCAGGAAAAUGCUGAUUCCUUAGCACAUGAGGUGUGCUUAGCUGUGUUUUCCCUUGCUGGAGGAGUUGGAGAUCAGCCAAAGCCUUUAAGAUGA